AUGGAUUUUCCCAACUGUACCGAAGGAGUGUAUGCUACCAGCAGCGGUGAUUAUGAUGCACUGGAGACUGCCAAACUGCCCCCCAAGAAGAUUGUCCUUUCGGUCACGCUCUCCGUGCUGGCCAUUCUGACCACGUUCCUCAACUGCUUGGUGAUCACGGCCAUCGCCGUCACCCGCAAGUUGCAUCACCCUGCCAACUACCUCAUCUGCUCCCUGGCGGUCACCGACCUGUUGGUGGCUGUGCUGGUCAUGCCCUUCAGUAUCAUAUACAUUCAGAAAGAGAGCUGGGUGAUGGGUAAGGUAGUGUGCACCAUCUGGCUGAGUGUGGACGUCACGUGCUGCACGUGCUCCAUCCUUCAUCUGGCCGCCAUCGCUAUAGAUCGCUACAGGGCCAUCACGGAUGCUGUGGAGUACUCGCGCAAACGCACGGGGGCCCGGGCUGGAGCUAUGGUGGCCGUUGUGUGGUUCUUGUCCAUCCUCAUCUCGCUUCCUCCUCUUCUGUGGCGCUAUUACACCGGGGAUGCAGAUCAGGAAAACCAGUGCAUCAUCCUCCACCAUCACAUCGCCUUCACCCUGUACUCCACACUUGGAGCCUUCUACAUCCCCCUUUUGCUGAUUCUCAUCCUCUACUUUAAAAUCUACCGGGCCGCUCAGACCCUUUAUAUGCGGCGGGAGGCCAGCAGGGCAAGCCGUCACUCGUGUAUGACCAACGGGAGCACGAUUCCUUCCACCUACCCCGCCGGAGACGGAGGGCCUCGGAGCCCGGACCCGGUCAGCCCGCAAGACAAAUCAUUCUCCGACCCCUCGACGGAGGAGCCACCUCGCGAACGGUCACGCAUUUCCGUCAAAAAGUUCCACUGCAAGACCCGUCGAUAUGAGUCACGCAGUGAGUCGAGGAGAAGCCAGCUCUCCCAAGGACCCCGCAUCUCAGGGUCACGGGAACGCAAGGCAGCUUCCACGUUGGGUUUGAUCAUCGGCGCGUUUGUCAUUUGCUGGUUGCCCUUUUUUGUCAAGGAGGUGAUUGUUAACACAUGCAGUUCUUGCAGCACAUCAAUGGAGAUGGCUGACUUCCUGACGUGGCUGGGAUACAUCAAUUCACUCAUCAACCCCCUCAUCUACACCAUCUUUAAUGAGGACUUCAAAAAGGCUUUCCAGAGACUGGUUAGGUGCAGUAGUUACCUCUGA